CCAGCGACACACCACUGACGAAAGGACCUUUGCAGGAGAGGAGUCCUCCGAGGGAGCGGGGACUCCCACCUCCCUUUGUGGCACAGGAGCCAGAACUGCUGGCCGAGUGGAGCGAGUGUCUGUGGGAGCUAGCUGUCAUGGACAUGCCUGCUCCAGAGGAAUCCUGCCUCAGCUGACCUCCUCUCUAAGGACCCUGGAUCUGUGGUUCUGUCCAGUUCAAAAUGGCAGAAAAGGCUCCACCUGGCUUGAACAGGAAGACAUCCAGGUCGACACUUUCUCUUCCUCCAGAACCUGUAGACAUUAUCCGAAGCAAAACAUGCUCUCGGAGAGUGAAGAUCAAUGUGGGGGGCCUUAACCACGAAGUCCUGUGGAGAACUCUGGAUAGGCUCCCCAGGACGCGCUUGGGGAAGCUCCGGGACUGUAACACGCACGAGAGCCUCCUGGAGGUUUGCGAUGACUACAAUCUGAACGAGAAUGAGUAUUUCUUCGACCGACAUCCGGGAGCUUUCACAUCAAUUCUAAACUUCUACCGGACAGGGAAGCUCCACAUGAUGGAAGAAAUGUGUGCGCUCUCUUUUGGCCAAGAGCUUGAUUACUGGGGCAUCGAUGAGAUUUACCUGGAAUCCUGCUGCCAAGCCAGAUACCAUCAGAAGAAAGAGCAGAUGAACGAAGAACUGAGGCGGGAGGCAGAGACCAUGCGCGAGCGGGAGGGAGAGGAGUUUGAUAACACCUGCUGCCCCGAGAAAAGGAAGAAACUUUGGGACUUGCUGGAGAAACCGAAUUCAUCGGUGGCUGCAAAGAUCCUGGCCAUCGUGUCUAUCCUCUUCAUUGUGCUCUCCACCAUCGCUCUGUCUCUCAACACACUCCCGGAGCUGCAGGAAAACGACGAGUUUGGACAGCCCAGCGACAACCGCAAGCUGGCCCACGUCGAGGCAGUGUGCAUUGCUUGGUUUACCAUGGAGUACCUUUUACGCUUCCUGUCCUCACCAAACAAAUGGAAAUUCUUCAAAGGCCCACUGAAUGUCAUUGACCUGCUGGCCAUCUUACCGUAUUAUGUCACCAUCUUUCUCACCGAGUCCAACAAAAGUGUGCUGCAGUUCCAGAACGUGAGACGCGUGGUCCAGAUCUUCCGAAUCAUGCGCAUCCUCCGGAUCCUGAAACUCGCCAGACACUCGACUGGACUGCAGUCUCUGGGCUUCACCCUCAGACGGAGUUACAAUGAGCUGGGCUUAUUAAUAUUAUUUCUAGCUAUGGGGAUAAUGAUAUUUUCCAGCUUGGUGUUUUUUGCCGAGAAAGAUGAAGAUGCUACCAAAUUCACCAGUAUCCCUGCAUCAUUUUGGUGGGCCACCAUCACCAUGACCACUGUUGGCUAUGGUGACAUUUACCCUAAAACACUGUUAGGGAAAAUUGUGGGUGGCCUCUGCUGUAUUGCAGGAGUCCUGGUUAUUGCCCUUCCUAUACCCAUCAUUGUAAACAAUUUCUCUGAGUUCUACAAGGAGCAAAAACGCCAGGAGAAGGCUAUUAAAAGGAGAGAGGCUCUUGAAAGAGCCAAAAGGAAUGGCAGCAUUGUUUCCAUGAACUUAAAGGAUGCCUUUGCUCGAAGUAUGGAACUGAUAGACGUGGCGGUGGAGAAGGCUGGGGAGUCGGCCAAUACCAAGGACUCCGUGGAUGAUAAUCACCUGUCUCCCAGCCGGUGGAAGUGGGCCAGGAAGGCUCUGUCGGAAACAAGCUCCAAUAAGUCCUAUGAGAAUAAGUACCAGGAGGUUAGCCAAAAAGACUCCCACGAACAGCUGAACAACACCUCUUCCUCCAGCCCACAGCAUCUGAGUGCCCAGAAGCUGGAGAUGCUAUACAAUGAAAUCACCAAGACACAGCCUCAUUCCCACCCAAACCCGGACUGCCAAGAACAGCCCGAGAGGCCAUCUGCAUACGAGGAGGAGAUAGAAAUGGAAGAGGUGGUCUGCCCACAGGAGCAGCUGGCUGUGGCACAGACCGAGGUCAUUGUGGACAUGAAGAGCACCUCCAGCAUCGACAGCUUCACCAGCUGUGCCACCGACUUCACUGAGACUGAGAGGUCGCCCCUGCCACCCCCCUCUGCCUCUCACUUGCAGAUGAAGUUCCCCACUGACCUCCCAGGGACAGAGGAGCACCAAAGAGUCAGGGCGCUUCCAUUCCUAACACUAAGCCGAGAUAAGGGGCACGCUGCCAGGGAGGUUACACUGGAUUAUGCCCCGAUUGACAUAACUGUGAACCUCGAUGCUGGGACAUCCCAUGGUCCUUUGCAAUCUGACAGUGCCACCGACAGCCCUAAGAGCUCGCUGAAAGGGAGCAACCCCCUCAAGUCCAGAUCCCUCAAAGUGAACUUUCAGGAAAACAGAGGCAGUGCACCCCAGACCCCACCCAGCACAGCCAGGCCACUGCCAGUAACCACAGCUGACUUUCCACUCACGACCCCUCAGCACAUCAGUACUAUCCUUCUAGAAGAAUCCCUGCCCCAGGGAGAGAGACCCUUGCUGGGUGCUGAUGCUUCAGCACACUGUCAGGGACCUUCCAAAGGGCUAUCUCCUCGGUUUCCCAAGCAAAAACUGUUUACUUUCUCUCCUAGAGAAAGGAGGAGCUUCACUGAGAUAGACACUGGAGAAGACGAAGACUUCUUGGACCUCCAAAGGUCAAGACCAGACAAGCAAACAGACUCCAGUCCCAACUGCUUAGCAAAUGAGCCUGGUGAUGCCAGAGACCCAUUAAGAGAAGAGGGCUGUGUGGGCUCCUCCUCCCCUCUGAACACAGACCACAACUGUAGGCAAGACAAUUACCAGGCUGUGGGUGAAGUCAAAAAGGACAGUAGUCAAGAAGGGUACAAGAUGGAGAACCACUUGUUUGCCCCAGAAAUUCAUUCUAACCCAGGAGACACAGGUUACUGUCCCACUCGUGAGACCAGCAUGUGACUAGUUAUAAAAGCAAUAAAAAAAAAAAAAAAACUUGUUUCUAAUGCGAUUAGUAAUGCCAUGAACUAGAAUAUGGGAAACCCCUCGCCUAAUAAAACAGUGCAUAAAGUGUUAUUUUUGCAUGGCAUGAACAGCUUAGUUUAAGUACUGUUUAAAUAAAGAGUCAAGACUGCAUUUUGUAACAAACAGGACCGAGUCCAGUACAGCGAGCCAAUAAAGAGCCCUCUUAGGAACCAGCGCUCUGCCAUGUCUGACAUUUUUGAUCCUUUCAUUUCGAGCUGUAGGCAGAUUUUCCGGCUCUGACUUUUACAUAACCAUGAAUUUUAGGACGUGCACAUGAAAGGAUGAAAUGCCGUUGCAUGUGUCCAUGCUUAUGGGGUGUAAGGUGCUUUGAGCUUGCAAAAUGCAUAACUAUGUAAAUAGGCCUGGAUGCAAAAGUGUCAAGAGCGUAGGGACCCGAGUUUCUGAGAGGCAGGUAUUUCCUUCCCAGCCACCGCUUGGAGGAGCUGUCCAGACUUCCUGUUGCAAAUCUGCGACCUCUUCUUAACACACUUUGUGCAUCUUGCUUUGGAUUAUAAAGCUCUUAUGUUUGUUUAAAGGAAUACAGUAUUUUUAUUUAUU